CGGAAUGCCACUUCCCCUCAUCCGCCUCGCGACGCGCCACGCACGGGCACGGCACGUCGGCACCAGUCGCGACACCGGAGCGCGCACGGCGGCCUCCUCGUGCCGUGACGCGCGCCCCCCUGCCGGUCGGGUGCGGGUGACCCAGUCUCGUCGCCGGGGGCCCGUGCGGCAGCCUCGCCGCUGCCCGAAACAAUGACUCCCCCAACUGUCCCCUUCUUCCUCACCUCCACCACGCUCGCCCCCACGACGAAACCGCAACCGCCGCCGCAGCCAUGCGACGCGCAGGCCCAGGGCGCCGCCUCCCUGGCCUCGACGGCGUCGGCGUCGUACGCCGCGCGCAUGCGGCUCAACCCGCACCUCGCGCUCCGCCUGUUCGACCACCUGCUCCGCUCGGGCGCCGACCCGGAUCCCGCGGCGCUCGCGCUCGCACUCGCGUCCUGCGCGCGCGGGAGGGACUCCGCCGCGGCCUCGCAGCUCCACGCGCACGCCGCUAAGUGCGGGCUCGCAUCCCACCGCCGCGUGCGCGGCAGGCUCGUCCACACCUACGCCGUCUGCGGGAUGGUCACCCACGCGCGCAGGGUGUUCGACCGCGGGACCGACAACGACAUGGUCGCCUGGAACUGCCUUCUGCGCGGGUACGCGCAGGAAGGUGGGGGCGCGGGCGCACUCCGGGAGUUCUUUGCGAGGAUGCCGUCCCGGGACAGUGUCUCGUGGAACACAGUUCUUUCAUGGUGUGUUGCGAACGGGGAGUAUGAGGAGGCAAUCACGGUGUUCCGGGAGAUGCUGGUGAGCCGGGAGUGCCAGCCUGAUAGGGUGACAAUAGUGAGCGUCAUCUCGGCAAUUGCAUACUUGGGGGCAAUUGCAUUGGGGCUCUGGGCACAUGCAUAUGUCAUCAGGAAAGGGAUUGAGAUCGAGGAGAAGUUGACCUCAGCAUUGAUAAACAUGUACUCCAAGUGUGGGUUUAUUGAGGGUGCAGUUUAUGUGUUCGAGAACCAUGGUGCAAAGAUGACCCUGGACACAUGGAAUUCCAUGUUAUCUGGUUUCACAGCGAAUGGUUGCAGUGAGAAAGCCCUAGAGCUCUUCACUAGGAUGGUGUCAACAGGAUUGGUGCCUAACAAGAUUACUUUUAACAGUGUACUGAAUGCUUGUAGCCACGGGGGGUUAGUCAAGGAAGGUAUACAGUGUUUUGAGAGAAUGUCCACAGUUUAUGGUAUUGAGCCCGACAUUGCACAUUAUGGUUGCAUGGUGGAUCUGUUCUGCCGUGCCGGGAUGUUUGAGAAGGCUGAGGAGAUGAUUCAGAUGAUGCCGAUGGAGCCAGAUGCUUCCAUGUUGAAGGCCCUUUUGGGUGCUUGUAGAACUCACAAGAAGUUGGAGUUGGGAAAAAAGGCAGGCCAUAGGCUUAUUGAGGCUGCCCCAAAUGAUCACGCAGGGUACGUGUUGCUAUCCAACAUAUAUGCACUAGAUGGAAACUGGGGAGGAGUGCACAAGGUGAGGAAGCUGAUGCUGGAUCGUGGCAUGCAGAAGAUUCCCGGGAGCAGCUCAGUUGAACUUGAUGGUGUAAUUCAUGAGUUCAUCUCCGGAGACAAAAGCCACUCGAGGAAGAGGGAUAUAUAUAAGAUGCUAAGUGAGAUGUGUCAACGGUUGAAAAAUGCAGGAUAUACUCCUGACACUUCACAAGUGCUGCUAGAUAUUGAUGAUGAGGAUGUGAAACAGAGCUCGCUAGCACUUCACAGCGAGAAGCUUGCAAUUUCCUUUGGGCUGAUCAGCACUGCUCCUGGCACGCCUAUUAGGGUAGUAAAUAACCUCAGGAUCUGCGGAGAUUGUCAUAAUGCUAUAAAACUUCUAAGCAAAAUUUAUGGGAGGUGCAUAAUUAUUAGGGAUGCAAAUCGAUUUCAUCAUUUCAGAGAAGGGUCUUGUUCUUGCCUGGAUUACUGUUGCGGAUGGCAGCUUCACAUGAAAUUUCAUUUGAAAGAGAAAUACAUAGGAAUCCUCUGACCUCUCUAGCACCGGAUGGCCCGUUGCCGACAGGCAAGCUCUGAUCUGAUAUCAUCCUGCCCUCGCAUUAUCCGGUUCUGAGAUGCAGGCGCAUUUGAUGUGAUACGAGAGCAUAUGGUACAUAUGAAUAUGCAUGGCAAUGAUUGGAAAAGAAGACACAGAUCUGCAGCAACCUUUCUGGCGAGCAUAAUGAUGCACGAGAAGAUAAUCUGGUGGAUGGUCGGGUCCAUUGUCCCAUCCUUCAAUGACUCCACGAGUCCGGAGCAGCACGGGUGAAUGCGCUGCGCCGAGGCCAGCCAACGCUGCCGUGCACAAGACCGGGCAAAAAGAGAGCGGCAAGGAGCCAUGGAUGGCGGAGGAGGUGCGUAGUGCUAGCCCCUAUUGGGCUACGGUCUUCUCCUCCGCGAGAACAAGAAAGCUGGCUGGGCGUGGCUUGGAAUCUAUCAAGACUUGUUAUCUACGUAGCCUGUGGUCCAUCUUCUGGGGAGUUUGAAGUCGUAUCCUUUCCAGUCUUUAGUUUACAUUUCUCUCAAGAUUCGGUUCCGUUGCUUUCCUUACUCCUUUAAGAGCGAGCAGCUUAGCGAGGGUGCCACUAAUGGUAGGCAGAUGGUCGAGGAGGACACUGAAGCUGCAGCUGCGCCGUGCUGAAAGAAAGCUAUCAUAUUGCCUACGCAGCUGUGGCCAAUGGAGGAGUUUGUGCAUCUUCUCUAGGCUCCCUCUUCUCUCAUUCGUCCAUUGACCUUUUGGUUAUUCCCCUUCUGCGCCC